AUGACUUACCUAAUAGGAGAUCGAACGAUCGUUAUGAACGGGAGGUCGUUGACGGAAGAAGAAGAGGCCAUUUUCCGAGCUCAUCCCCAUAUGGCAAAGCAAUGCCUAAAUUCCACCACCUACAACUAUCUUGUCAGCAUCAAAAACAUCAUUCAUCUCUACUGCGACGUUGUCACGAUAUACAGCACGCUUCUAUCCAAAAUCCCCAAUUACGAUGACGUGACUGUGAUGACCAAUAAGACCAGAGCGAACCUCACUCGGUUGGAGGAGGAUUUAAACCAGAUCUUCGGCAAGGACUUGCAUGCGGCCGCAGGAGGAUGGGAAGACAAGCAUUACGAGAAGCUGGUGAAGCCACUUGCCAUGUUGAUUCUCAAGAGCUGUAACGAGUCGUUUGACAUCAUUUACAAGAAUCUCACAUGUGUCGAUGUGUUUUUCCUGUCGUUCGACAACUUGAAGAAGCUCCUCAUACCUUGUCUUUUGAACCAUACACAGAUCAUCCAAAAGCUGAUUUCGGGGGCCAUUUUCUUAUUUGGCCUCACUACCAUUGCCGACGAGGUUGGGGCCAUCACUGAAUUCGACCUGACAGCCAUCAAACAGCUCACCAAACUAGACUCCAUUACCAGCGGGCUCCAAAGAGAAGAGAAGCUUCUCGAAAUGGUGCUUUCAACCGUCAAUCCGUCCUUGCAGCAGUACACAAACAUUCUUUUGGGGAAAGCCAUUCUCAAAAGAGACAUUGACGAAGCCGAGUGCCAAAUCAUCCGCCGCAGAGACGUGUGCUUUCAGGCCGCAGAGCACGUGGUGAGUAUUCCCUUGACAAGCGACCAGAACGAGAGUCUCUCCAUGCAAAGCAUUCCACAAUACCUCUUCUACCUAAUAUCCGCGCUUUUCGUCGUCGGCAUCAUUGUACUAUAUAGGUUUUUCGUGGUCUUCUUUGGAUGA